AGGUGACAGGCCUUUGUUUCCAGGAUACCUGGUCUGUGAUGACUCCUUUAGUGAGAAUUUGAAGAAUGUGGCAGCUAUGCCCACUUAGAAACAGAAAAAGACAAGGACAGAAGAAUGUGUAGGACAAACCUGUUUGGUGCCCUAAAGGGCACACACAGCAAGUUCUGCUCCUCCCAAUCUUGAAACCUGGGCUUGGUUUUUUUUCUUCAAUACAUCACAUUGGCCGUCCGUGCUCUCACAGGUAAACCUGAGUCACAUUUACCUGACAGUUCAGGAGACAGGUAUUACAGACACACCUCUACUUGGGAUCGCUUAGAAGAAGGUCUGAAUUUUAACACGAGGCGCAUUUAUAUCAGCAAAUUUAAGGUUUAACAAGUGGAUAAAACUAGGUGGUAACAGCGAUGACAUCUCUGCAAGCAAAGAAAGAAGGGACAGGUGUCACAGAAGGGGACAGGCAGAAAAUCCUCAAGCAGAUGAAAGUGCGCACAGUACUGAAGAAAGAUAAGAGUUGGAUACAUCAGCAAAGCUCAGAAGACGAGAAAGAUGAAAUUCCCAGCCCAAUAUCCCCGCAGCUGAAAUCACUUGAGAGCAGGAGGUCUUUUUGGUCUACAAGUCCGGAUACAAAUGAUGAUAGGAAUUCUGGGAAAUUUACAGCUAAGGAGAUAAUUACAAGCUCCCCAUCACCAACAGUUCAAUCCAGCAACAAGCAGUUUUCAUACAGCACCAAUGAAAGUAGCACAACGGCAGCAUCUCAACAGUCACCGCCAUCAUCAACCACCGGAUACAAGAAUUCUGGAACAUUUACAGCUAAGGAGAUAACUACAAGCUCCCCAUCACCAACAGUUCAAUCCAGCAACAAGCAAUUUUCAUACAGCACUAAUGAAAGUAGCACAACGGCAGCAUCUCAACAGUCACCGCCAUCAUCAACCACUGGAUACAAGCCAACUUCAUCAUACAUCAUAAGGGGGCAGCCAUUUAAUGCAGUCUCUCAAGUAAAAGGCCAGUCUUCCUUUAAUGGAUACCAGAAAAGCGCCGUCCAGGCUCGUACAACCAGUCUACCACGAGUACCCAAUGCUAGCGGUGGAAAGAUGUCUACAGAGGAAUACAAGAAACUGGCACCUUAUAAUUUAAGAAACAAAUCAGUAGAUCUGUCAGAUGACGAGACACCUUUCACCCCACAGGAACAAGUGAAGAGGACUGAACAAGCGAGUGGAAUUUUGAGGAACACUUCAUCCAAGGAUCGCUCCUAUGUCAUAUCAGCAGCUAAAAGACACAGUGGGACUGCACCUCAGGAAGCACCGUCACCUUAUACGGCACAAAGGGUGGAAUUACACGAGGAAGAUAAAACAAAUAGGAAGAGUCAAACUCUCCCCAAAACUCUCUCUUCAUAUCUUUAUGAUGAUGCCAACAGGUAUGAAACACCAAAUAAACAAACAACAUCCCAAACAUCACCACCCAGAGCAACUGACAGAAGCUCCAGCCCCAGACUGACCUCUUAUUCUACAAGCAGCACCUCUGAGACCAGAAGCUCAGCUGUUAGACCCGAACCUGGAAAGAUCACAGUCAUCACUGAGGACAGUGAUAUCAAAGAGACACCCAAACCUGCAGCAGAGAAAGAGACUUCAUCAAGAACAGUGACUACAAGGACUGAAAGGGUGGGGACAACAGAGAAGAAGACUGACACUCUCCCACACUCGCUGGCUUCCUACCUGUAUGAUGAUGCCAGCAGUGGUAGCAAAGGGACACCCAAACCUGCAGCAGAGAAAGAGACAUCAACAAGAACAGUGACUACAAAGACAGAAAGGGUGGGGAACACAGAGAAGAAGAGUGACACUCUCCCGGACUCAUUAGCGUCCUACCUGUAUGAUGAUGCCAGCAGGUUUGAAACAAAUUGGCAAGGCAACCGGUCACCGCAGCCAGCGUCUCAGGUGCCAUCUCCUCGUGAUAUCAAAGAGACACCCAAACCUGCAGCAGAGAAAGAGACAUCAUCAAGAACAGUGACUACAAAGACAGAAAGGGUGGGGACUACAGAGAAGAAGAGUGACACUCUCCCGAACUCACUGGCUUCCUACCUGUAUGAUGAUGCCAGCAGGUUUGAAAAAAAUUGGCAAGGAAAUCAAUCAAAGCAGCCAGUGUCUCAGACAUCGCCUCCCCGAGUUACUGGCCGUCCCGAGAGCCCUAGAAUGACCUCUUGGAGUGCUGGUACAGAGACAAGCAGCUCUACUGUCAAACCAGAGCCUGGGAAGAUCACCGUACUUAGAGAGGACAGUGACAAAUCAGAGCCCAAAUCCACCACCACCAGGACUGUCACCUCAAGAACUGAAAGUGACAAAUCAGAGCCCAAAUCCACCGCCACCAGGACUGUCACCACAAGAACUGAAAGUGACAAAUCUGAGCCCAAAUCCACCACCACCAGGACUGUCACCACAAGAACUGAAAGUGACAAAUCAGAGCCCAAAUCCACCACCACCAGGACUGUCACCACAAGAACUGAAAGCGGAACCGAUACCCCGGACAUACCGAAAUUGAUCUCGGUUAGCAAAGACACGGAGACAGCAAACACACGAACAUCGGUUAUACAAACAGGGCCAGGGAAGAUUACAGUCAUCAAAGAAGAAAGCGAACUUCCAAAACCUGUCCCCCGAUCAGAAACAAAGCCAAAAGACGCCUCAGUAAUUGCAGGUAACAACCAGUCGGAUCUCAUAAGCUGGUCUAAUCUGGAUGACAGUUCUAAUGCAAGUAGCAGCAGGGUGGAAAAGGAGAAGACCCCCACUCCCACACCAGUCCCCCGUAACACCAGCAAAGACAGUGAGAAGCCAACAGCAGAAGCUCCCCUCAUUGUAAUCUCUCCUGAGCUGAACACUAACAGACCUAGCCAGCCUCUGAAACCUGAAGCUGACAAAACAGUGAAUGAGGCAAGAUAUAGAGUCUCGGAAUCCUUGGAUGAACCAGAGGCGACACCGAAAAAUAAUCCAUCGAUAUCAGAUCCAGAAAAGAGAACUGUGACCACUAGAACCACAGAGACGCGACCCGAGCCCUCAAGAACACCCGAACCAUCCCAGUCAGAGAGAAGCAGCUCGCCCAGACCUGCACCACGUUCUAGAGAAAGCACGACUACUACAGUUACAGAAUCCAGAUACAGAGUGCCACAGACCCUAGACAACACAAUGCUGGAAUCCAGCCCUGCCAGAUCCAGCUCACGCACCACAGUUACUACAAAUCGCUCCACAGAUCCCGGAUACAACGAUUAUUUAGAAGACGCCAACACCAGAUCACGAACAGUAUCCAACUCAAGAGAAAAGAUUACCACAACCACCACUACAGAGACCCGCUAUGGGAGCCCUUCAUCUGGGGAAGCCAAUCAGUACGAUCCUCAGUCCAGAUCCAGCUCACGCACCACAGUUACUACAAAUCGCUCCACAGAUCCCGGAUACAACGAUUAUUUAGAAGACGCCAACACCAGAUCAUCACGAACUGUAUCCAGCUCAAGAGAAAAGAUUAACACAGCCCCCACUACGGAGACCCGCUAUGAGAGCCCUUCAUCUGGGGACGCCAAUCAGUACGAUUCUCAGUCCAGCAAUAAAGGAGUUCUCUUUGUAAAGGAAUAUGUCAACACAAGUGAGAAUCUGAAAUCUCCGACCUCUGCUGGAAGCUUCCCAGAGUUCUCUAAUGGCUCGGAGCAUGUGUCCUACAGCAACAGCUCCAGUUAUCUGUACAGCAGUGCUCCAAAACGAUCUGAUGAUGGUCCAUGUACUUACUGUGGCCGUGAAAUCAAAGAUUGUCCAAAGAUCACCUUAGAACAUCUUGGUAUCUCCUGCCAUGAAUAUUGCUUCAAGUGCGGCAUCUGCCACAAGCCAAUGGGAGAUUUGAUUGACAGCAUGUUCAUUUGCCGCAAUGUGGUGCACUGCGAGAGUUGCUAUGAGAAGCUCUUCUAGAUGAAUGUUGAUAAAGAGAGAAGAGUAUGGAAACACCCCCCAUUCCAGUUACAGAUACUUUUUAUUGACAAGAGAUGACCAAGUUGUUACUUA